CGAAACAAUGUUUAAGGAAAGCUUUAAAUAUUAUAAAUCUAAAUGGCCUGUACCUGAUUUUAAAGAUGUCAUCAAUUUCAGUGGCCAACAAAACGAUGAGGAGGUUAAAGAAUUCCACCUAAACGAUUGUGAAGAGACAGCCUCACUGGGAUUGCCAUUGGGUCUGCAGCCGGUACAUCAUUGGAAAUUGUUUACAUUAAAUAAUCAUCCAGGAUUGUUGGUAAUACGUCAUGCUUUCACAGCGCAAGGGCAACGAUAUUGGAUGGCACGAAGUUUAAAGGACUAUCCGAGGGCACCGAAUCGUGUCAACUUAAAUGAGAGAUUAUUUCAGAAAUCAGUGCUCGAUGAUUGGUGGUGUUCACUGCAAAAUUGUGAAGAUAAAGAUGAAGCGAGACGUAUGAAAAUCUCCAUGAGAUGGACGACACUGGGUUAUCAUCACGAUUGGGAUACAAAAGUCUAUAGUGAGGAAAUGCACACAAAAUUCCCCGAAGAUUUGGCUAAAUUGAGUAAUUUCUUUGCCUCGGUACUGGGCUAUAGUAACUAUCAAGCGCAGGCAGCAAUUGUGAAUUAUUAUCCCAUUGGAACAACACUGGCCGGUCACACAGAUCAUUCAGAACAAAAUCUAGAGGCACCAUUGUUUUCGAUAAGUUUCGGUCAAACAGCAAUAUUCCUAAUUGGCGGGCAAACACGCGAAGAGAAACCCACAGCAUUAUUUCUUGAAAGUGGUGAUGUACUGGUCAUGUCUCGAGAAUCACGUCUCUGUUAUCAUGCUGUACCUCGUGUCAUGAAGGCGAGAGAAGAAACAUGGAACAAUCUCACCGAACCGUUGUCAAAAACCACCAAAGAAUCUAGUCUAGAACCACCAACACAACCCUCCAAACGUUUACGUACCGAAGUGCCGUGUAUAACGAGUACCGAAACCCAAGCCGCCCUUGAAUGGGGAAUGGAUCCACUACUAUAUCAUCAGAUAACCGAUGAUGCCUUUUGGCUACCGUUUAAAAAUUAUUUACACGAUUCUCGUAUCAAUAUUAAUGUAAGACAGGUGCUAUAUCAAAAUCAAAGAACAUUAAAUGAUCAAAAACAACAAUGUGGAAGCUGA